GCAGGAUCCUUUCAUUGGGCACUGUGAGAGCCGCUUUCUAGUGCUCGGUAGCUGUAUUUUUGUCCCUUCGUCAUCUCUCAGCAUCGCGCUCAAACGCACAGUAUCUCUAUCUCUCUCACCGCAAAAACACACACACAGAGAGAGAGAGAGAGGGAGAGGGAGAGGGAAAUGGAGAAAGUUCUGGUGAAAGCUGGAAGCCUAAAGGCUGGUGGGUUCUGGCUCUCAAAGAAAGCCAAGGAAGAGUUCUCCAACAUCUCUGAAGACCUCAAUAGUUUCUCAAGCACCGUUGAAGAAAAAGCAAAAUGGAUCUUCAACAAGCUAAAAGGAAAGCAGCUGAAAACUCUGCCUGAUCUUCUCCGGGAAUACAACUUGCCACCAGGCCUUUUCCCCCAGAACAUAACCUGCUACGAAUUUGAUGAGUCGAAGUCCAAGCUGACUGUGUACUUGCCUUCUGCCUGUGAGGUCACCUUCAAAGACUCAUCCGCUAUAAGGUACGCAACUCGGGUAAAGGGCAUUCUGCUGAAAGGAAAACUGACGGGCAUAGAAGGAAUGAAGACCAAGGUCCUAGUUUGGGUUAAGGUCACAAAUGUGGCAGUUGAGGGCUACAAAUCCGAUAAGGUUUUGUUCAUGGCUGGUGUGAAGAAAUCGAGACCUAUGAAUGCUUAUGACACACCUCAACAUGCUGUUAGAGUUCAAGAAUUUUGAGCUUGGAAUAUUAGGCUGAAGUAUCUGGACUCCACUGUAGUAGGUUGGUGAAUGACCUUAAUAGGUUGUGGUAUUUCAUUUUUGUCCUUGUUUAACGAUGUUUGGAUGAAUUGCUGUCAUGGUUCUAGCUGCUUAUGGUCCUAUUGCUUCUUGGCCUCACCUUGUCAUUUUGAGUUGGAAUGGACCAUGAAACCAAGAUGAAAUGGAGGCUCAGUUUUGUUCCCUUCUUUCUAUCAA